AAAAGAUUCAAAUCAAGAACGAUUCGUUCAUCGAUCGUUCAUCGCAAACUCGAAUCGUGGACAGCUAGACACUCGGUAUUCAGAGCAGUUUAUUUUCUGUGAAGUUAUAUGACAUAGACUGAACAACAGUAGUGAUUUGUGCAGAGAUCAUGGCGGCUUCAGUCAGUUGUUCUGCGGGAUUUGUUCUCGGCGUGGAUCUGGGCACCACGUCGGUCAAAGUCGUGCUGCUGGACGCGCAGUCAAAGACCGUCACAGACAGGUGCAGCUUCCCAUCAAACUCUGAUAUCAGCAGCACCUCGGACACACAUGCAAAAGAGCAGGAUCCUGCACUAAUAAUGGCCGCUCUGGACCAAUGCAUGGAUGCUUUACCUAAAGACAAGCUGAAAAAAGUCAAGUGCAUUGGAGUAUGUGGACAAAUGCAUGGCAUUGUGCUGUGGAAAUCUAAAUCAGGCUGUGAAUGGCUGAGUGAAGAUGAAAUCGUUAGAUUCAUUCCUAAAGACGUCAGUCAGCUGGUCACCUGGCAGGACGGGCGCUGCAGUGCUGACUUCCUGUCUUCCUUACCCAAACCAGAUUCCCACCUGAGCGUGGCCACUGGCUUUGGUUGUGCCACCAUCUUCUGGUACAUGAAACACAGGCCGGAGUUCCUGUCAGGUUUUAGUGAUGCAGGCACCAUCCAAGACUAUGUGGUUUCCAUGCUGUGUAGCCUUGACAAAUGUGUCAUUACCGGACAAAAUGCUGCCAGCUGGGGCUACUUCAACACAACCAGCAACAAAUGGAACACACAAAUUCUGAAGGAUGCAGGUUUCCCUGUGCAGCUCUUGCCUGUGGUGGUGGAGUCCGGAGCGGUGGCUGGUCAUACUUCUUCUGAGUGGUACGGCAUCCCGGCUCACACAGCUGUCGGGGCGGCGCUGGGAGACUUCCAGUGUAGUGUCUACUCCUGCAUGACUGACAAAGGAGACGCAGUACUGAAUAUGAGCACUUCAGCCCAGCUGACGUUUGGCAUGCCUGCGGAGUUCACCCCUCCAAAUUCUCCAGACCCCCUCUCUCCUGUGGCUUAUUUCCCAUACUUCCACGGCUCCUACCUGGCAGUGGCCGCAUCACUUAAUGGAGGCAAUGUCAUGGCCACCUUUGUCAGAAUGCUGGACUCGUGGAUGAAAGAAUUUGGAUUGGAAGUAAAUGAGUCCACAAUCUACUCCCAGCUGAUCCAGUCUGCUCUGGCACAGCCUAACACUGACCUAACCGUGACCACAGCGCUGCUAGGAGAGCGGCAUGACCCCACUUCCAGUGCCAGUGUCUCCCAAAUCUCGCCCUCUAACCUCUCUCUGGGUCAUGUGACUCGGGCUGUGUGCAGGGGCAUUAUUGAAAACAUGGCCACUAUGAUGCCCCCUCAGAGCCUGCGGGCUGCUGGGGUGAGGCGUAUUAUUGGCAGUGGUAGCGCACUAUCAUGUAACACAGUUCUGCAGCAGGAAGUGGAGAGAGUGUUUCCAUUUCCUGUAGUUCACGGAAAAGAUGUUGACUCAGCAGCUGGAGUUGCCAUGGUGUUUAAUCACCAAACAUAAAAUACAACACUCAGAAUCACGUCUCUGAGACAUCUGACCUACCGUGCUGGUAUGAUAUGAGCUACAACGCUGGCAGGGCUAUUUUUUCUGUAUUAAAAUGUAUAAAUAAUCACACUUUGUAAUUAAAUGUAUUUAAUUUUAAAUAUUUCAAUAUUGUAUCAUUCAGUUUAUAAAGUAAUUUAUUUUUAUUUUUGUAAUACUACAUACUAUAUCAU